UAUCGGGCCGGGGUCUAAGGGGAAGAAGGUGUGCGGAGCUGAUGGAAAGGGAGAAGGGAGAAAGGCGAGAACCGUGGAAGGACGAGAACGGGUUCUCUCCAAGUCGGCUUUAUAGUCGUCAGACAGCGGAAAAUCUUGACAAGCAGGAUGUGUGCGAGAGGAUCGUUUUCUCGGCUCUGCGUUAUCACAAUAUCACGAUGAUGGAGAACGGGUCGGUCUGUCUGCUUGGCAAAUUUCACAACGUCCUGUACGUGGCGGCAAAACUCUGUUACGAUUGGGACAUCGACAACAACGUGCUUGUCAGUCGACUGUUGAAUGAUAUAUUCUACUGCGAGAAGACAUUCGAGCGAUUGUUUGUCGGGGCAAUCUUCGGCACGCGCGUAACGCACUUCCUAUCCGGCUGGAAAUGUGACUUCGACGAUCGCGAGGAGAACAUCCGGGCUCUGGUGUACUUCUUGGAUCAUGCGAUUAGCGGCCAGCUGGAGUACCGUUGCGAGUCCUCGCCGAUAAAGAGACGUUUCAUCGACGUACCCAUGGAGUCGUACGGACAGGUUUUACCUCUAAGGGUCGCGAUCCAACACGGUGCGCCGGACAUCCUGUUGAUCAUGCUGCGCUAUGGCGCGUCAGUCGAGUCCGACAAAUUGGCUCCGUCGCCCAUGGAAAUUAUUCUGACGAAACUCAGCGAAUUCGAGGCGCAGCCAGGUCAGAAGGAAAUUAUUUAUCCGGAACAGUUGCUCAUCUGCCUGAAGCUAUUACUACGAACUGUGACCACCGCUUGCGUCAGGACUCCUGAUCACAUCGCCCAUCACAGCGGUAUAUUAAGCGUGUCUUUACACGAGCAAUAUCCCAACUUGGUGAACCAAAAUCUGAUACCUCCGGAACGUAGCGGGCUUCGUCCGGCGGAACUUAGGCAUCUGUGUCGCUGUCGAAUCCGCGAGACUCUUUAUAACAAUUGGGCGUUACCUCACGGAAUUAAAAAAUUGCAAAUUCCAGAGUCAUUGAGAAAUUAUCUGGAUCUACUGCAAGAUUGACGGAUAAUCUCGUUCAUUUGUAAGUUAAAAGCAAUCUGUCUAUUUUUUUGUUUCAGCAUAGAAUCUCAGAGAUAUUUUAUUAUACC